AUGGCCCACGGCGGCGGCGUGUUCGCCAUCGAGUGCCGCUCGGCGACCGCGGCCCAGGCGCUGCCGGCGACGCUGCGCCUCUUCCGCGACGCGACGUCGCUCGGCGGCGUCGAGUCGCUCGCGGAGUGGCGCCGCAAGUACGACGACGACGUCUCGCCCUACCUCGUCCGCCUCUCCGUGGGCCUCGAGGACGCCGCCGACCUCAAACGCGACCUCACGGAGGCCCUCGAGACGCUCCAGGCGCCCGCGUACGACGACGCGCGCCUGGCCCUGCGCGACACGCAUGUCCUGUGCCUCGAGGUGCAGGAGCCCUGGGCCGCGGCGCUCGUGCGCGGCACGAAGACGAUCGAGACGCGGCGCUACGCCCUGCCGGCGUGGGCGCGCGGCGUCGACGUCGUCGUGCUCGAGACGCCGCGCGGCGCCGCGAACGCGUCGUCGCUCGGCGAGUCGCCCGCCGCCGCCGCGGGCACAUUGGUCGGCGUCGUCGUCUUCGGCGACUCCGUGCGCUACGGCGACGAGGCUCGGUGGCGGCAGGACGAGCCGUUCCACCGCGUCGCCGCGGGGUCGCCCUACGACUGGGACGGCGGCGAGAAGCACGGCUGGGUCGUCGCGUCCGCGCGCGCCGUCGCGCCGCUGCCGUCGCCGCCGCUCGUGCGCAAGUUCCGGAGCUUCUACGAGCCCGUCGCCGGCGCGACGCUCGACGGCCCGAGCGGCGGCGCCUUCGCCGUCGUCGCCGGCGGCCGGACCGCCGAGUUCUCGCUGGCGUCGAUCCGGGGCCGGCCGUCGGUGCCCGUGCCGUCGGGCAAGCACAAGGACAAGCUCGCCGCGUCCGUGUCGGCCGUGAUCAGCAUGUGCCCGGACGCCAUGUUCGCCGCGACGCUCACAUUCGGCUCGGGCGUCUUCACCGCCGCGGACAAGGUCUCGACGAAGCCCAUCCCGCGCGAGGACCUCCUCAGGGGCUUCCUCUGCCACGGCGAGGCCAGCGGCGAGCCGCUCGCGAGCGGCGGGCCCCUGCGCCUCGCGCACCCGGACGGCGUCGCCGUCCAGUGCGGGCCCUGCGGCAGCGACACGCCCGCGGACCUCAAGAACGUCGUGCGCCUCGAGCUGCUGCCCCUCGCACGCCGCGGCAUGCGCCGCGCCGGCGGCCAGUCGCUCAACCGCGCGGCCAUCCUCACGACGCUCAACAUCAUCUUCCGGCGCCCGGGCCUCCUCGUGCCGCACGUGUCGGUGCCGCAUCUCGGCGACCUCGACUUUUUGUCGCUGAAAGCGAGCGGCGUCGAGUACGUCGUCCUCGACAAGGACAACACGCUGACGGCGCCCUACGACGACGACGCGCCGCCGCACCCGCUCGUCGCGGCCGCCGCGCAGAGCGCCGUCGACAUCUUCGGCGCCGAAAAGGUCGUCGUGCUGUCCAACUCCGCGGGCAGCGCCGACGACGCGGGCUUCGCCGCGGCCGAGGCCUGCGAGGCGGCGCUGGGUCUGAAGGUCGUGCGCCACCCGGCGGAGAAGAAGCCGCGGUGCCUGCCGGAGCUCCUCGCCGCGCUCGGCGCGGACGACGCGAGCCGCGUCGCCGUCGUCGGCGACCGCGUCACGACGGACGUGCUCUUCGCGAACCUCCACGGCGCGCUCUCCGUGCACACGGCGCCCCUGACGACCGAGGGCGACAACCGCGUCGCCGCGGCCUGCCGCGCCGCGGAGAACGCGGUGCUCCUGCCCGCGCUCCGGCGCCUCGGCGCGCGGCCGCCGCGCCACGACGCGCUCGCGGACCUCGUCCACACGCAGGCCGGCGUCGUGCGGAACCCGCGGUGGGGCGGCGCGCUCAGGGGCACGGGCGGCAGGGGCCGCCCGCCGCCGGGGCUCGCGGUCCGCGGCGCGCCGCCGCCGCCGCCGCCGCGCGGCCGCCCGUCGGGCGUCGGGCUCGCGGGCAGCAGCGGCGUCGCCGACGACGCCGACCCGCUCCGCGCGGGCAGGGUCUGGCUCGCGCCGCCGAGCUUGAGGAGCCGGCUCCGCGGCGGCUCGGAGCUCGCGCGCCGCAUCGCGGGCGCGCGCGCCGCGGGCGACGCGGACGCCGCGCCCGGCGACGGCGCGAGCUGGGACCGCGGCGACGGCGGCGGCCGGGCCAGCUGGCGCGGCCGGGGGGCGGCGGCGUUCGCGGCGAGGCGCCGGAGCGCCUUGGACGACGGCUUGGACGCCACGGGCCGGAGCCGCUUCGACUCGACGACCAUCGACGGCGCGCCGCUCGUGCCCAUGGCGCAGAUCGGCGCGCCGAUGAUCAUCGAGCCGUCGCCGGCGCGGUCGCCGGAAACGACCCUGGGCCCCGUGCGCGCCGUCGAGGAGGAGAUGAUCGUCGCGGCGCAGGAGGAGGACGGCGGCCGCCCCGUCGUCGCCGACGGCGACUUCGAGCGGUUGAGCGUGCUCGGCGUGGGCUCCUUUGGCAAGGUCGUCCUCGCGCGGCACAAGGCCACGGGCGCGCGCUACGCGCUGAAAUUGAUCGCGCUGAGCCGCCUGACGCUGCGGAAGCAGCUCGAGCGGACGCAGCUCGAGCGCGACGUGCUCGCGGGCCUCGAGCACGCCUUCAUCGUCAAGCUCCACUUCGCCUACCGCGUGCCGGGCCACGUCGUCUUGGUGUUCGAGUACUGCGCGGGCGGCGAAUUAUUUCACCACCUCUGCGCGAAGCGGGUCCUGGGCGCCAAGGCCGUCGCGUUCUACGUCGCGGAGCUCGCGCUCGCGCUGCAGUGCGCCCACGACCACGGCGUCGUCUACCGGGACGUCAAGCCCGAGAACUGCUUCCUCGACGCGCGCGGCCACCUGAAGCUCGGCGACUUUGGCCUCGCGAAGACGGGCGUCUUCCACGCGACGACGGGCGCGCACUCCAUCUGCGGCACGCCCGAGUACAUGGCGCCGGACGUCAUCGCGCGGAAGCCGUCGGGCUACGGCUCCGCGGUCGACUGGUGGGGCCUGGGCAUCUGCGCCUACGAGCUCCUCACGGGGCUGCCGCCCUGGUACACGGCGGACCGGCGCGAGCUCUUCGACCGCAUCCGCCUCGCGCCGCUGCGCCUGCCGCCCCACGUGCCGCCGGACGCCGGCGCGGCCGUCGCGGGGCUCCUGCGGCGCCACCCGCUCCGGCGGCUCUGCGUCGCGGACGGCGCGGACGCGCUCCGGCGCCUCGACUUCUUCAAACACCUCGACUUCGACGCGCUGGCCCUCGGCGCGGGGCAGCCGCCUAUCCGCCCCUGCGCGAACCUCAAGCGCGCGGCGGAAUUCUCGAACUUCGACGCGCGCUUCACGGCGCUGCCCGUCGAGACGCCGCCCGACGACGCCAAGUCGCCGGACAGCCCCGCGGGCUACGCGGGCGGGCUCGACGCGUUCAAGGACGACUGGGUCUUCGCGCGGUCCUAA